AUGAUCGACGAUGGCUAUACGUUCGUUGAAAGCAGUAUCGCUACGACGGGCUACUCUGAAGCACUUGCUAAUUUAAUCGAGUGCGAGAUGGCUUCAGGUCUUUUUACAAAUGAAGGAAGUCGUCGUGUUCGUCUACACGUCAUUCGCCGUGUUCUCUCAAACAGGAACCAGGAAGCGCAAAGCAACGUUAACAGAGACACUCUUCAAGUCGGAGAUGUUAUCAUUCUCAAUGUGCGACAUGAGGCCAUAGAUGGUAUAUCGAUCAAGUACUUUUUGGAUGACUUGGCAGAAGGCUACACAAAUAAACAUCUCUCUGACCAAGACGAUAAUAUUACAUAUCUGGAUUACACUGUAUACGAGCGCCUAAAUGACCAUUCGGCUAGUGUUGCUUUCUGGAAAGACCAUCGUGGCAAUUUAGAUUGUUCGAAAUUCAUGGCUCGCUUUCCUUAUGAUCAGCCGUAA